AUGCACAGAAAUAACAAUAGCAGUCCGUUUGGUCUAAUUAUUCUUGGAAAUAGUGGUGUUGGCAAAAGUUUCUUGGCUAAUAUAUUACUUGAUAAAGAAGUAUUCAAACAUGAAUUCUCUGCUCGAUCUGUGACUCAUCGCACGGAAUAUCAAGAGAUCACUUUUGACAAUUAUCAUUAUGCGAUCUUUAAUAUUCCAGGUUUAAUUGAAGCUGAUCAAGCUCGUGUUAAUAUCAACAAACGUGAGAUCGAUCAUGCAUUUACUCAACGACCAAAUUCCCUUAUAAUAUAUGUAUUUGGACAACAAGGUGGUCGCAUGCGUGACGAAGACGCCGUUGCAUUCAAUGCCAUUAAUAAAGCAUAUCCAUUGAAUAUCCAAUCACUCUUACUUGUAGUUAAUGGUCUUCCAGCAGUUCGACCAAAAGAUUAUGAAGGUGAAGUUAUGCUAAUGCUGCAAGAUAUUAUUCAAUUACAAGUUGCACCAGAAAGAGUAUGUUUUUUAAAUCAUAUUAACCGUGAAAACAUACAAGAACGACACGCUUUGAGAAAACAAUUAUUAAAUGCUAUUGUCGAAUUAACACCAACUGAACAUAUUAAAGCACAAGAUAUACAUUUAAAAGUUGAUGAAGUUGAAAUGCUCAAAAAACAAAUUGAAGAAAUGACUAAAACAUUUGAAGCAAAUAAGAUUGAAUUUCAACAUGAGAUUCGUGAACAUCAAAAACGUUAUGAUGAACUUAUGGAAAAUCAAAAGAACGAGACCGAUAGUUUGCGUCGUAUUAUUGAGCGACAACAAGAGGAAGCUGCGGAAGCGCGUCUAAGUCAAGAAGAUCGAGAACGAGAGCUACAACAGCAGAUGGAAACAAUGCGCGCAGAUCAUCAGCGACUCACAGAACAAUUGGCGACUGCAAGUCAGGAACAAGCUCGACAGCUUCAAGCGGCUUUACAAGCAUCAAGUCAACAACAAGCUGAGUUAAUGAGACAACUAAUGCAAAUUCGAAGUCAACCACCUCAAGUCGUGACACAAGGGAAAAAGAGUUGCUUCGUAGGUGGAACGUUGAUACGUAUGGCGGAUGGUACAGACAAAUCAAUUGAAAAAAUUCAAGUUGGUGAUGUUGUUUUGGGUGCUGAGAAUCAAUCACAUGUAGUAAUGUUUCUCGAUGUUGAACAGCUAAAUGGUAGACAUCUACAUGGCAUUAACGAUUUUCCACCAUUCUUCACUUCAGAACAUGUCUUCUUUACUUCUGAUGGGAAAAUGUCAUCAAUUGAACCACAAGAUAGUGAAAAUGAAGAACCAUCUCUUCGAGGCUUGGUAAAUGCAUUACAAAUUAAUGAUGAGUUACAAGGACUUGAUCAGAAUCGACGACCAUCGACUAUUGUAGUCAAUCAGUUGAAUUGUACUGAAAGUGAUUCAACAACGACGGUUUAUAAUGUUGUACUUGACUCAGGUCAUACUUAUUAUGCUAAUGGAUUUUGUGUUUUUGAUAUGUUUCCUAAUUUGGCUCAAUAUCCAAGAAUGUUUAAAUUUCUUCAUCUUCUAUGGCAAAGUUGUGCAACACAAAUUGAUUCACAUUUCGAUGAUAUUGUCACGCCUGGAUCAGAUGAUCGACUUCGUCUUGAAAAACUUGCUGACUUUGUUCAACAAGCUAUUUCCUCAUAUUUAUCUAAGAAUUAA